AUGCCUAGAAAAAGAAAGAGUUUUUCUGUAAGUCCUCAAAAGAAAACUUCAAGCCCCAGCAUCCCUGUGGCCCUUUCAUCUUCUGCUACGCAUCCUCUUUCAACAAAAAAAAUGAGCAAUAAGAAGAAGGAGAUGCUCAGGAGUAUGUGUGAGAUGUUCCCCAACCUGGAACCUUCCUUGGUAGAAAUGGUGCUCUCUGAAUAUACUGAAAUUGAGGUGGUGAUGGACUAUCUAUUGGAGCUCUCAACAGUUGCUAAAGGGGAGUCUCAACUGGAGUUGACAGGUUUUGAAAAGAUUACAGCUUAUUUGGAUGGCUUCCACAUUAAUUCACAUAAUCCAGAAAAUGAGGACACUGUAACUGACAAAGAAGACGACUACCUAGAUGACUCAUGCAUAGAUGAGCCUGCUUGCAAUGACCUGGAUAUGUUGUUAGAUGAAGCACUGGAUAGGUAUGGCUUAACGAAUCCAGAAGACAUUUAUAGCACAGUGCAAUCUGAGAGCUUAGUAUCGGAAGCAUCAACCAGUGGUAUUGUGUCACAGCAGGUUCAGUCUGCAUCACCUGGGAAUACCUCAUUCCACACAAAGUAUAUGGAAACCAUUACUCCGCCUCAGAUGAGCCUGGCUACGGCAGAGGAUUUGCAUUUGUGUGAUUCACCGCAUGCUGUUACCAUCUCUAGUACAUCAUCAGUUCAGCCCGAAGUAACUAAGCUGGAAAUGACAGAAGCUGGUUUUAAGACUUUACCAGAACCAAUUGACAUUUUGUUUCAGAAUGAUAAGAUUGGAACUUCAAGUUCCCAAGGACAUUUUGCAAGCAGUGAAAUACCUGCUGUUCAGAAACUUGAACAAGAGAACAUUCAGUCAGUAUUAACGGCAAAGUCCAAUGUACCAAGAGCUUCUCCAAAGUCACAGAUUAAAUGGAAUCCAUUGGCAUCGACAUUCUUUCCAUCGUCCAAUCAACAAGGCUCAUUCAUCACUCCAGUAGUUGCUAAACCUGUGCAAUGGCCAUAUGCUGCUACAAUACAACCUAACGGAAUCCUUUAUAAUGCUCAGGUGCCCUCUGCAUGUGUCUGGAAUCCAUUUCCUCAAACACAUUGGACUGCUGUGAAGCCCAUGCACGUGCCUAAACCCAAACCACAGCUUAGUGCCCAGAUCCCCAAAAACAUGACACGUUUGGUAGGAAAAGUGCUAAUACUGUUGAGAGGUGCCCCAGGAUCUGGGAAAUCUACUAUGGCAAGAAUGUUAUUGGAACAGAACCCAACUGGUGUUAUUCUAAGCACUGAUGAUUAUUUUUGUCAAAAUGGUCAAUACCAGUAUGAUGUAAACUGCCUGAGUGAGGCUCACGACUGGAAUCAAAACCGAGCUAAAGAUGCUUUUGAGAAGAAUGUGUCACCGAUUAUGAUAGACAAUACCAACUUACAAGGAUGGGAAAUGAAGCCAUAUGUCUCUAUGGCCAUGAAAUACAAAUAUAAAGUAACAUUUCGUGAACCAGACACAUGGUGGAAAUAUAAACCCAGAGAGCUUGAGAGGCGUAACAAUCAUGGUGUAAAGAAAGAGAAGAUCAUAAAAAUGCUAGAAAAUUUUGACCGUGUUACAGUGAACUCUAUUUUAAACCUGUCAGCUGCAAAGAAGCCUGAAAGUGCUGGUAUCGGUCAGCUAAAGCCAGAUGAAAGAAAUGGGCCCAGCAAUAACUUGGUUACAGAAGUUGAUCUUGCUACAACAGAAGCCAAAAUUCCUUCUAACUUAGAAGCAGCAGCAGCCAAUGCAGAUGAAAGCAACAUCUUACAUGAAGCAAGAAAUGUUCCUGAAAUCUCACUGAAUGUAUUAGAAUCUAGAAAAGAAAACUUAAAGAAUACAGAUGACGAACUUGAAACAUAUUCAGAUGAUGAUCAGUGCCUAGAAGAUAUUUCUAUUGAAAAUCGUCCUUACAGUAUUAAAAAUGUAUCCACUGAAAUAUGUGCACAGGAGGUAAUCACAGAUGAAGAGGUUAAUUUAGAUGUUGGUUGCAAUUCAUCACAGAUGGAUGAAAGAAAUGACCCUCUAAGUUUUGUUGGGGACUGGCCCGUGGAGCAAACGUUAACUCAGAGGGCACCAAGAAACAGAAAGAAGGCAAAGGCAAACUAUAUGUCUGUUCAGCACCUUGCUGAAGAAGAGGAAACUUUAGAUUGUAAUUUGGAGCAAAUUGUUGUCAAUCCUGAGCCUGCUCCAAAGGAAGAAGUUGCUUCCUUAAAGACCAACUUUGAAACUGAAGCUUCUGUAGUCAGUCAUUGUGAUGGAACAGACUUACAAAAAUUAGAAAACCAAUUAUAUGCAAUUCCUGCUUAUAUUAACAAUGAAAAUAAAGCUUUGGCAGAACACAAGGCCAGUGCCUCUGGUGUUACAUCCUCUGAAGUUCUACAGAAAGACCUGCCAGUUGCUGUAGAGAAUAUAAAUCUAGAUAUUUCAAGUGUUACAGCAGAUGUGGAAGUAAUGACAAGACCAAGCAAAAGCAGUAGUAAAAAAUGCCAUUUGGCUCUAACCUUUAGUAAUACUUGCUCCAAUUCCUUCAGGACUGAUGGAACGGUAUCUCCAUGUAACUUGAUAGAAGCUGUAGACCAUAGUAGUGCUGGAAUCAUUGCAUGCACUCAGACUGAACCUCAUGAAUUUGCAAUAGCAUGGAGAGUAGAGAAGAGAAACAUGGAAGUCCUAGAGUCUUUAAAGGUUCUUACAGGAAAAGCUGAUAGAUUUAAAUCACAGCCUUUACAAACUAAUGAAUACUCUCAAGAAAAUAUACCUUAUAGAAUGAUGCAUCACAAAAGUACCUUUGUAGCAGAAGAUGACAUAAUAUGUCUACAAGAUGAAGAUAGUCUGCAAAUUCUUUGUAAGUUGUUUAGGUCCCUAUCUUUUGAUGUGCUAAAAGAUCUUUUUGAAAGGUGCAAUAAAGAUCUGGAAUGGGCAACAAAUUUGCUUCUUGAUUCUGGAGAAAAAAUAUAUAAAGAUGAAUGCGAUCAAGAAGAAUUGUUAAAACCUGAAGAAGAAAACUGUGAACAUUUACAAAAUGAUGGCCACUUAGAGGAAGGGACUAUAUAUCCUGAUGGCUCUCUGCCAACUGAUUCUGAACUAACUGAAGAACCGUCUGCAGAAUUUAAAUUGAAUGAUAACAGUAUUGAAGACAGCAGUGGCAUAGCUUUGGUUAAUUGUACUCCUAUUAAUAAUGUGUCCCUAGUUGUUGCUGACGAGUUAAAGAAUAGCAAUGUGUUAUCAUCUGCUGAAGUGAAUGGAAUUGCUAACCAGUGCAUGAUACUGGACAGUGUUCAACCUGACCAAGACACAGUACCGGAUACUACUGAAGCUCAUAUAAUGUGGUCUUCCAGUUUAGAAGGGGGGCAGUUUAAUUCUCAAGAUUCAACUGUCAAUAUGAAUAUUGAAACCAAUAAUAUCUUAAAUGAGAAAACCAUCAAGAAAGAAAGUAUCCAGGAAUUUAAUUCUCCUAUUGAUGAAGUGCUAUAUGAAACUGGUGACAGUCAAGGUGAUAUCCCAACAGAUGAUUUGUACAAAGAUCAAGAAAAUACUGACGUGUUACCUGGAAUUGUAGAGAAACCACAAAAUAACUCCUUUUCACAGCCCAAGGAGCCCCUAAAAUUUGACUAUUUAGAAUUAUCUUUACCUCCGGAGCUUGCCUUCCAACUCACUGAAUUGUUUGGCCCUGUUGGAAUCGAUCCAGGCUCUCUAACUAUUGAGGAUUGUUUGGUUCCUAUAGACCUUAAAUUGGCGGAAGCGAUUCAUAAAAAGUGGAAACAAUCAAUAAUGGAGAGGCAUAACCAAGAAGCAUUAUCCUAUCAACUCCUGCUUGGAGACUUUUCAACAAAUGACCACAUCAUACUGGACAGUCUUCUUCAGGAACAGGAGUCUAGGCUGGCUGGACAUAAUUUAGUUGUUACACAGAGAGAAAAAGACAUGUUUCCAUUCUUGGACCAGUGGAAUACCAGAACAAAAAAGGUUUCCCUGCGGCAGAUCAUGUCAGAAGAAAUGGCGUUACAGGCUCGGGAAGAUUUGAAGAAGCCUCUAGCAUCGACAAACUGCGCUGUGAAAAUGAAGGAGAAGCAACUCUUGGAAUUGUUUCCUAAUUUAGAGCAAAAUCUGCUUAUGGACAUUUUUAAAGAAAACAAUUAUUCUUUAGAGAAGACAGAACAGUUCAUCAGCUCAGCACUAGAAGCUGAUCCUGUGCAGAAUGUUGUGGCUCCGGGGUUUAAACAGGAAGUGCCCCCUUCAACUGACCGAACAAAGGAAAAGAGAGCAAAAGCAGACAAGGAAGAUCUCAGUGAACGCUACUUCCAGGAUUUGGAAUACCCAGAAUAUGAUGACUUCAGGGCUGCAGCCAUUCUGUAUCAUAAAAAGCAGCAGGAGAGCUACAGGAAAGCAGCGGAAGCUCACAACCGGGGAAUGCAACAAGUUGCAACUUUUUAUGCGCAACAGGGCUAUUUGUAUGGGCAGAAGAUGAAAGAAGAAAAUCGCAGAGCAGCUGUGCAGAUCUUCGAAAGGGCUAAUGAGUUCCUCCUACCAGAGAAUAUAUUAGAUUUGCAUGGACUUCAUGUGGAUGAAGCUAUGAAACACUUCCGCAGAGUCCUGCAGGAAAAGACAGAAGAUUAUAGACAGAAUGGUGGCAGCCCACACCUUCUUCUGAUAACGGGAAGAGGGAAUCGUAGCCAGGGAGGUGUCCCACGCAUUAAACCAGCAAUCGUAGACUACCUCACAAAUCAUGACUACAGAUUUCAGGAGAAGACACCAGGCGCCCUACGCAUCACACUGAAAUAAAUGGAUGUAUGAAUUAACCUGAAUACAGUUUUUACUGUAAACUGGAGAGUUUU